AUGAAUCAGAUCCACACUGCCGACAUUCGGACGCGCCCUACGUACGUCAAAUUGUAUCUUAAUUCAGAGCUUGCGAAAAUCACUCAAUUGCAUACUUUGUCUUACAAGAUGGCUUACGGAAAAGUACGUGGUAUCUCGAAGCCGCUCUGCGACAUCCCAGCGCGCAUCUUCCCCGUUGAGUCGAAUGCGUCAGAGGCACGAGCAGCAAUCCUCACUAUUCCUGUUGAUUUCAAUGCGGGUGACGAACUUGACGCCAGUCUAGUGAAGACGCUUCACGAUGAUUUCAACGAGGCAAUUGACGAGGGACGAACAUACCCACAAGAGGACAUUAUGGACGUAGAGACGUACAAAGCCUACUUUAUGUCAUACGACCUGAUAUUAGGGUUCAUCAUUACGAAAGCGCAGCUUGAGAGCUUGUACACUACUUCUGAUGUCCCAGCGCUCGGCGUUCCUCUGACAGCGUCACAACUAUCAAGCGUCAAGAUUGGUACAUCGAGAAUCCGCGCCCUAAAACAAUCGUCAGCAAGCAUUAAUCUGCCAAACCAAGCCGAUACUUACGCUUUCGCCUACUACAUCAAGCCGAACUACCCCGGUCGGUCUUCUCACAUGUGCAAUGGUGGAUUCAUGGUACCUUCUUCAACGCGGGGUCUGGGACUCGGCCGCAUCGCAGCACGCUCUUUCUGCUUUUACGCGCCAGCUGUCGGAUACCGUGGAAGUGUUUUCAAUCUAGUGUAUGCGAGCAAUGAGGCAAGUGUCAAAUUAUGGACAAAGCUGGGUUUUUCAAAUGUUGGGCGGAUUCCGGAGGCGGGGCGGUUGAAGAAGGCCGAUGGAAAUGGUGAGGAGUAUGUGGAUGCAUGGGUUGUCCACGGAGAUUUCAGAAAAAUAGGUUACAGGGACAACGAAGAACAGGGCGGAGUCGGCGUAGUUAACUCGUCAUCAUCGUAG